AUGGACUAUAAAUCUCUCCCCACACCCACCCACUGCCUCGCAGACUUUUGCCUGAUUCCCAUCGGCACCGCAUCGGCUUCAGUCUCGGCCCAAAUCGCUGAUGUCCAGCGACUGAUCGAGCAAUCCGGUGUCAAAUAUGUGAUGCAUUCAGCCGGCACUACGCUCGAGGGAGACUGGGAUAGUGUCCACAGGGUCAUUGGACAGGCGCAUACAAUGCUGCACCAGCAGGGUGUUGUGCGGAUUCAGACUGAUAUCCGGGUCGGAUCGAGGACUGAUAAGGUGCAGACGUCUGAGGAUAAGGUGAAUAAGGUGCGGGAGUUGUUGGGGAAGGAGUAG